AAAAAUAUCUGUGUAAACCGAGUUCAUGGAACUCCACCACACACAGUCUAGUCUUCCUCAUAUUUUGAAAAAAAUGCCCAAACCGCGUGUAUUUCUGUGAUGUUACUUUUGCUGUUUUUUUAUUUUACGAGCUUUCACACACCAACGGGGUCACAAACCCAAAAUCUUCGCAUAGGAGGUCUAUUUCAGCAUGAGACCGAGCAAAAAGCGUUUCAUCUCGCUACGGACCUCAUCAAUGCCAAAUACAAGGAUUCGUCCAUCAGACUAAUCCCAGACUCCCAUCUCAUUGACAAUUACAACGCCUACACCACCUAUCUCACCACUUGCGAGCUUUUGCAAAAGGGCGUUAUUGCGAUUUUUGGGCCCAGCUCCAUUCACUCAUCCCCAGCCAUUCAGACAAUCCUCGACCGGAAGGAAAUACCUCACGUUGAGACCUACUUUGACCGCAAACUCUCGAGACACGACUGUUUGCUAAACCUACACCCACAUCCGUCGGUUAUGAGCCAAGCGUAUCUCGAAAUUGUCAAUAAAUGGGGCUGGAGAAGUCUCGUUGUGAUUUACGACUCAGAGGAGAGUCUCGCAAAGUUGGGCCUUUUCGCGGCGUCUUGCAAGCAAAGAGUGACGCUAAGUCGGCUUGAAUUAGACAUGUACGACACAUUCAGGACGAGUUUGACUAGUAUUAAAAAAACCGGCGAAACGAAUUUUAUUUUGGAAUGUUCCGUUGAUAUUUUGGAGGCGGUUCUUAAGCAAGCACAACAAGUGGGAAUGAUGACGGAACGUCACAGUUAUAUCAUCACUAAACUUGAUUUGCAAACAAUAGAUCUGGCACCGUUCCAAUACUCUGAAGCCAACAUCACCGGAUUCCGGAUCUUUAAUCCCGAAAAUGCCGAGAUUAUGAGCUUGGCCGACCAGAUUUAUACGCAAGAGAAGUACAAAGGGAUUCCCUCUGGGUGGUUAUUGAGACACCAAACGGCCCUUUUGAUCGAUUCAGUCGAUUUGUUGCACCAAGCAGUGCUAGAUUUAACGCUUUCGGAACAAGUGGUCAUCCAAAGUCAGACCUUGUACUGCAAUACGUCCAACAAUUGGGACAGUGGCCACACUAUAGUCAACUACAUGAAAGGACAAACUAUCAAAGGACUCACCGGAGUUGUCCACUUUGACAACGAAGGUUUCCGGCGAGACUUUACUCUAGAUAUUUUGGAAUUGUCACUUGGUGGAUUGCUACGAAUUGGUGCUUGGUCUUUUUUCAGUGGUUUAAGUCUUAAUCGGCCCCCGAAUCUCUCAAAAGUCAAAAUCGUGGACGAUGCAAAUCUUGUAAAUAAAACCUUCACUGUUAUUACAUGCUUGACUACUCCCUAUGGCAUGUUGAAGGAAACAACGCAACAGCUUUUUGGCAAUGACCGGUUUGAAGGCUUCGGCAUUGACCUAAUGGACGAGUUGUCCAAAAUGCUGGGUUUCAACUACACCAUCAUAAUCCAGGAAGAUGGUUACAACGGCAAUUACAACCAAACUACGGGAGAAUGGAACGGUUUAAUUGGUGCAAUUUUGAGUGGCAAAGCUGACUUGGCAAUUGCCGAUUUGACUGUGACGGCGGAACGCGAAGCUGUCGUCGAUUUCACCCUCCAGUUCAUGAAUUUGGGAAUUUCAAUCCUGUAUAAAAAACCAAAACCUGUACCUCCAAGUCUCUUUAUGUUUGUUUCGCCUUUUUCCUACACAGUUUGGAUUUUACUGGUGGUGACGUAUUUCCUAGUCUCAAUGUGUUUUUUUGUGAUGGGGCGGUUGUCCCCCAGUGAGUGGACGAACCCUUUCCCUUGCGUGGAAGAGCCCGAAUAUCUGAUCAACCAGUUCAGUAUCAGGAACAGUUUGUGGUUUACGAUCGGCAGUUUGAUGCAACAGGGAACAGAGCUGGCACCAAUCGGGAUUUCGACAAGAACCGGGGCCGGGGUUUGGUGGUUUUUUACUCUGAUUAUGGUUUCAUCAUACACUGCUAACUUGGCCGCUUUCCUCACCGUUGAAACACUGGUUACACCUUUCAGUAAUGUCAAGGAGCUGUCGGAACAAACCGAGAUUAAAUACGGGGCGAAAAGAGGUGGAGCGACUGCUAAUUUUUUCAAAAACGCAGGGAAUGACAGUGUGCGCAGCCGAAUUUGGCACUUUAUGGCCACGCAUGACGAAGAAAUGACUGAGAGUAAUGACGAAGGGGUGGAGCGAACUGAGGAGAAACAUUACGCUUUUUUUAUGGAGUCUACGACCAUUGAAUAUGUUAUUGAACGGCACUGCUCUUUGGCCAGUGUUGGGGCGCCUUUAGACGACAAAGGCUAUGCCAUUGCUAUGAAAAAAAAUUCGUCAUACAGAAAUGACCUAAGCGCUGCCAUACUCAGGUUGCAGGAAACGGGCAAAAUUGCCCAAUUGAAGGAGAAGUGGUGGAAGGAGAAACGCGGGGCUAGUAAUUGUGGGGCCCAAAAGUCGGAAAGUGCCGCCACUCCGCUCAAUUUGCAAAAUGUGGGCGGCGUUUUCCUGGUACUGUUUCUCGGUACUGGGCUUGGAUUUUGCAUUUCUUUUGUUGAGUUGGCACUUCGUGUGUAUUCCACCACGAAAAAGACGGACCAACAGUUUAGGAAAGAACUUAUCGAGGAAAUAAAAUUUUUCAUACGAUUUAAGAAAAAUGUGAAGAGUGUGAAACCGGAGACACAUUAGUGACACUUUUCGUAUAAAAGGGACCAAAUCGGUGAAGCAGAAAGCGACAAACCUUGACUUUGACCGAAAUUCGUUCUGGAAAAUUUCACGUCAGGGGAGAUCUGUUUUAAUAGGCAUAAAUUAUAUUUAAUUGCUAAUCGCUGCUUGGAAUUGCAUAAAAUAAAAAACUUUGUAAAAAUAAUACGUUUUAUUGGUUUCUAAACUUGAUACAUAAUUAUAACAUUUAUUCUAAU